AUGGUCGCUUAUGUUAACCACGUCCCACCAGACUUCCGCUUAAUGUGCAAACUCGGCGAGGGCACCUUCUCCGAGGUUCUGAAAGUGAAGCAGAAAAAGACGGGGAAAGUUUCGGCGAUGAAACGGUUUCGUAAGCACUUCAAGAGCAUGGAAGAAAUCGAAACUCUCCGAGAAAUCCAAGCGCUCCGCCGCCUCAACCCGCAUCCACACAUCAUCGAUCUCGAAGAUGUCAUAUUUGAACCAAAACACGGCAUCCUCUCCCUAAAUUUUGAGCUGAUGGACUGCAACCUGUACGAGAUGAUCUCGCAGCGCAAGACGGCGACCGCUUUCACAGAGUCGAGGGCGAGGGUCGUUAUGUGGCAGAUUUGCAAGGCGUUGGAGUAUAUUCACGGGAAGGGCAUCUUCCAUCGGGAUAUCAAACCUGAGAACAUCUUAAUAAAAAACGACACGGUAAAACUCGCGGACUUUGGCUCCUGCCGCGGAAUCCACAGCAAACCACCGUACACCGAAUACAUCGCGACGCGGUGGUAUCGCCCACCAGAAUGCUUGCUCACGGAGGGACUGUAUGGGUUCAAGAUGGACAUAUGGGGCGCCGGAUGCGUACUGUUUGAGAUUGUGGCGAAAGUGCCACUGUUUCCGGGGAGUAAUGAGUUGGAUCAGCUGCAUCGGAUACAUGCUGUGCUGGGGACGCCGCCGAGGGAGGUUUUGAAGGGGAUUGUGGGGUGA